AUGGCUCCGACCGCAACCGUAGCUUCGGGCGACACCAACGCAGCACCGGCUGCUGUCAAGGGCGCCUCUCGCAUCCAGCCCGACCCCGAGGUGGUGCAGUACCCCAAGUUCGACAAGGAUCCCGUGACGCCCGAGGAGGUCUUCGCGCGAGCUGCUCAAGUGUCCGAGCUGCUGCACGAGGACGAGGCGAUCCGCGACCGCGGCAACGUCGUGCCCUACCGCCAAGUGCAGCUGCUCAAGGAUGCGGGUCUGGUGACCAUCCUUGGGCCCAAGUCCGCGGGUGGUGCGGGCCUGACGUGGAAGGAGGCGUACGAGGUGAUCCGCAUCAUUGCACGCGGCGAUGGCUCGCUCGGCCAGCUGAUCGGCUACCACUAUCUGUGGUCGUGGGCCGGUGCACUGGUGGGAACCGACGAGCAGCGAACCCGGUUCGAGGAGUGGAUCACCAAGAACAAGUACUUUGUCGGCGGUGCGGUCAAUCCUCGCGAUGCCGAUCUCAAGGUUCAACAGGACCCCAACGAUGCCGACAAGCUCGUGUUCAAUGGCAAAAAGACCUUCUCGACCGGAAGCAAGAUUUCGGACGUGACGAUUCUCGAGGGCUCGCUUCCCGAAGGUGGUCACGUCUUUGCGGCUGUGCUUAGCAAGCAGGCUGGGAUCGUGUAUGGCGAUGAGUGGGUCGACACGCUCGGCAUGCGCGGUACGCAGAGUGGUGGUAUCAGCAUCACCAAUGUCGUCGUGUCGUGGUCGGAUGCGCUCGGCUUUGUCAACAAACAGUUCCAGCCGAUCGGAGCGUACAACACGCUCAACCUGCCCCAGAUCCAGCUGGUCUUUACCUCGUUCUACCUGGGUAUUGCCGAGGGAGCACUCGCGAGGGCUGCGGCCUACACCAAGGCCAACACGCGCGGAUGGCCAUACCAGCCCCAACCCGUCGCACGCGGCACCGACGAGGCCUACAUCCAGAUCGGCUACGGCGAUCUGCAGGCCAAACUCUGGGCCACCGCCUCGUUCAUCGAAGUCGUCUUUGCCGAGGCCUCGGCCAUCCUUCACACGGCUCCGCGCCAGCAGGUCACCGAAGAGCAGCGCGCCAAGUUCGCCGUGCGCGUCGCUGCCGCCAAGAUCAACGCCGUCGAUGUAGGAUUGGCCGUCACCAGCCAGAUCUACGAGCUUACCGGCGCAAGGGCCGUCGCGGGCAAGUAUGGCUUCGAUGUUGCCUUUAGGGAUCUCAGGACGCACUCGCUCCACGACCCCAUCGCACACAAGCGCGCAGAGGUAGGCCGCUUCGCCCUCCACGGCCCCGGCAAGGACGGAUGGCCCACCCCGACCUGGUACACCUAG